AUAGAUGAACGUUAAUUUUCAUUAUUCUCAGAAUUAUCAAAUUUUAAUAAUUCAGAUGACACAGAAUACUGCCUUUUUUAUUUAAAUGAAAUAACGUUUGUUGAUUAACAAAAGGUGAUAUUACUGUCCAGUGGUGGAUGCUAUGGAACAGCUAUGCUACUGUUUUCGAUAAUAAUAAUAAUAAACAAAACAAGAUUUCAUCAUUUGAGUAGCCUUCAGAAGUAGUGAACUGAGGAAACUUUCUGGUGAUUUAUGUCUUCAACAGGCAAUACCUCUUGUCAUACACCGUUGUACAAAGAACCAUCAGAUUCAGACACACAGGGGGACGCUGCAUACAGGCAAUACGAGACUGAUUUAAGUCCAUCUACACUUGAAAAUCUCAAUAAAACUACAUCAUCAGAGUCAUAUCAACAAGAAUCGAGUCAGACAACCAAUGAACGUGAUUUAAAUUAUGAUGAUGUAUUAACUCUACAUGUUCCAGACUUUAACGAAAAUUUAUGGCAGAAAAAGCAUUCUCGAAGUUUCUUUAAAUAUCAUUCAUGUCACUGUUUGGAUUACAUAACGCGAAAAAUACGCGUCAAUAAAUCGCAAAGGAAACAAGAAGAUAUGACGAAGAAAAAAACUGGCCCUAUGUCAAAUCGUAUUCAUAAUGGUAAUCAUUUAAAUUCAUUGUAUGAAAAUGAAGUGGACAUGAUGAUGACAACCGACGAGAAAAAAAGAGGUAAAGAGUCACAAACAUCUGAGACGAAUAAUGAAACAUUAGUUGAUUCAGAAGAUAUAGACAAAACAGAGGAGAACAGUAUGCGUUGGACAACAAAUUUUCUGGCAGCACUAAGUAUUUUUCUUAUUGUAAUCACAUUUCCAUUUUCACUUGUCUACUGUAUCCGUAUUGUUGCAGAAUACGAACGUGCUGUUGUUCUGCGUAUGGGCAACUUAAUACCUAAGGGUAAAGGCACUAAAGGUCCUGGAUUAUUUUUUAUUCUACCUUGCAUUGACAGCGUGCGGAAAGUGGAUUUACGUACAGUAACGUUUGCAAUACCACCUCAAGAAUUAUUGACACGUGAUUCUGUCACAGUUUCUGUUGAUGCAGUUGUUUACUAUCGUGUAUUGAAUCCAGUGGCAUCCGUAUUGAAUAUUGAAGAUGCUGCGCGAUCUACUAGAUUACUAGCACAAACAACUAUACGUAAUGUUUUAGGAACCAAAGAUUUGGCACAAAUUCUCAUGGAUAGAGAAGAAAUAUCAGCAGCAAUGCAGUCGAGUCUAGACGCAACAACUGAUGCAUGGGGAGUCAAAGUGGAAAGAAUUGAAAUAAAAGACGUCCGACUACCCAUACAACUUCAACGUGCUAUGGCAGCCGAAGCUGAGGCAGCAAGAGAAGCUCGUGCCAAAGUAAUUGCUGCGAGAGGUGAGCAGGAGGCAGCCAGGUCACUGAAAGAAGCUGCUAAAGUCAUAUCUACUUCACCCAUGGCAUUCCAAUUAAGAUAUUUACAAACUUUGUGUGCAAUUUCAGCUGAAAAGAAAUCAACCAUUUUUUUCCCGGUACCAAUUGAUAUUAUGCAGAAUCUGAGCAGUGUUUCUGGACCAACGUUGGGACAAUUAUUUGACAUGAAGAAUCAGAAAAUAGAGAAAAAGCCUUUAUUGGGUAAACCACAAAUUUCUAAACGCAGUGAACUGAAGUCUCGUGAUUCUAUUGGAUCCCUCUCAAGUCAUUCAGCUUACGUCUGUAGUCAGAAUGAAGCGAAACAUCCCCAUCCCCAUAUACCAUUCUCAGCACAACACAUUGCCGAACAGCCCUGGCCUCAGUCAUUUGAUAUGAAUCAGGAUGUUCAAGAGUCCAACUGGGCAAAUGACAACGGGGAUACGCAUAGCGAUACAGUGUGAUAUAACUUACAGUAUCCAAAAUGAUAAACUAGUAAUUUCACACUUAACUAAUGAUCACAAACAUCCUGAUCAAACCUAAUUUCGCAGACGAUGAACAUAUAUUUAUACAUAUAUGCACACCAUUCUCAUAAUUGUGUGUUCUUUCCGUCUCGAGAAUUGGUUAUUUAGAUAUUUUUAUGAAUACAUUUAUUGACAAUCUAUUUAAAAUAACACAUGUGAAAAGAAAUAAAUAUGAUAAUAUAAAAUGGGUCUAGUUAUCUCACUUAGAUAUACACCAAACAGGCAUUAGGAAUUUUAUUCCGGGAAUGAAAAUGUCUGUUAAGUAACUUUUCAAAAAAAGUGUCAUUUUAUAGUCGAAUUCCCAAAUGACUGGCUGGUCCUACACCCUUUACAAAAUCACUUUGUUUUUCAAGCUCUCACAUGUGUACAAGCAUCAUACUUCACGCUAAGGAAGAUAAAUCAGAACAUUAUUAGUCUGUAUCCGUUCACUGUAUUUCUUGGGAUGAUUAACAAUACAUAAUCUAAACUGCUUCACAGAAUAAUUUGUGCACGGAGUCAGACUGGAUCAUUAUAAAAUUGAGUAAAAUAAUUCCAGAGUGUUUAGGAAAUCAUGAACGUUUCACUGCGUAAGCCACAACUUCAGUUUUUUACUAAAUUGAUUAACUAGCUUAACAUUUAGGGUACCAACCAUCAGUAGUCCAGAACUUGUAAGUCACAGAGCAUCGGAUGACUUUGAGAUUUAUCUAAUUCUAAAUCUUGAAAUUAUUUCUUAUGUACUUUCAUAAAAAUGGCGCUU